AUGGGAACUUGUGCAUUGUCGAAUGAUGAAGUAAUAUCCACGAUUCCAGAAUCUCCCAUACUUCAACCAAGUGAAACCAAAUGUGUGUCAACACUAUCUAAAGAAUUGGAUCUACCUGAUGGCGUGACUAUCGUAUGGCUGGAUGCAAAAGCACAUUCGAAAUCGAACGAUACAAUGGAAACGAAGUUAAUGCUAGAAAAAAUUCAUCCACCCAUAUUUACAUUCUACGAUGUAAAGAGCUGCGAGGAUGCUUUGAGUACAAUCAGCAACAAAAAAUCACGUAUUUUUCUUGUUGUCUCUGGCAAAUUUAGUACUCAAAUUUUAUCUGACUUGAAAAAUUUAUCAGCGGUUGAUUCUGUCUUCAUUUAUUGUGUUCGUCCAGAAAAAUAUGAACAUCUCGUUGCCAAAUACUCUCCUCAUGUGAUUGGUGUAUUUACAGAGCAAGAAUCAUUGAAAUUAUCUCUUGAAACUGAACUCAAUAGUUAUCACAUGCGAGCACCAAUUUUAAAUUUCUUUGCACAAAAACAAAAUGCUACACGUGAUCUUACAUAUGAUGCAGCAUCUUUUCUUUGGUUCCAAUUACUUCAGAAAGUGCUUAUGAAGACCAAAUAUGAUGCGAGCGACAUGAAACAGAUGAUUGACUAUAGUCGAAAACAUUAUGAACGGAAUGUUCAGCGUGAGAAGUUCUAUUCGGAUAUUGACAAAUUCGAGAAAACCUAUAAAUCGUCUAACGCGAUCGAAUGGUACACUCGUCAGUCAUUUGUUUAUAAACUGAUCAAUGCUGCAUUACGAACAGAAGAUAUUGAAGCACUGUAUAUUUUUCGCUUUUAUAUAUCGGAUCUAUGUCGACAAUUGGCAAAUGAACACAAAGUAUUCCGUAUUCGACAUGAAAAAUCGCCUGUGUUGAAACUCUAUAGAGGUUGUCAUAUGACUUUACAAGAGCUAGAUAAGCUACGGGAGACAACAGGUGGUAUGACUAGUAUAAAUGGAUUCGUUUCAACAAGUAUGCAACAAUGGGUCGCCGAUGAAUUUUUAUCGCGUGAUGCACGUCGUGGACCUAGCGUGCAACGUGUAUUAUGGAUAAUUGAAACAGACUGUCGCAUUGAUGACGUCAUCUUUGCCUUUGUAGCGCCAUAUAGUGUACAUCCCGAGGAAAAAGAGGUGAUCUUCAAUAUAGGAAGUGCUUUUCGUAUUGAUAGUGUAACACUCAAUGAAACAAGCAAUAUCUGGCAUGUAAAAGCGGCAGCUACAAAUGCUGGAUCGUAUGCUUUCUCAGAAUACACUGAGCUGCUUCGACGUGAACUAAACGAAACUAGUGAAAAGGUCAUAUUUGGAACGUUACUUAUCGACAUGGGUAAAUAUGUUACAGCCCAACAUUAUUUCGAAGAUUUAAUUGAACGUUAUAGCGGUAGUAAUCAUCCUGAUUUACCAGCUUUUCAUUACAAUCUAGGAUUAACCCAUACCUUUCAAAGAGAUCUUGAUUUAGCUGAACAGCAAUUUCUUCGAGCUCUUGAGUAUCAAAAAUUGGUUCCGUUGAAACAGCGUGAUAUGGUGCGUACAUUAAAUGCACUUGGCUGGAUUCAUCAAGAUAAUGGAGAGUUGGAUGAAGCCAUCCAGUUUUAUAAAAACGCCGAGUCCAUCUGCGAAGAAAAGCUUGGAUCUAACGAUCUCGCAAAUGCACAAACAUACACAUAUAUAGGCAGAUAUCAUUUAGAACGACAACAAUAUAAUGAGUCGAAUAUAUUUUAUGAACGUGCAUUAGAAAUUCUUCGUCUUCACCUACCCAAGCAACAUCAACGUUUAGGCAUUAUACUUUGUGAAAUGGGUGAUGCAAGACGCAAACAAGGUAAACCUGAACAAGCUCUCGAUUUAUAUAAACAAGCUGAGACUAUUUUCCAUGAUAUUUUGCCUCAACAUCAUCCAUGUAUGGCCUAUUGUUGGAGUGGUAUGGGAUUAGUUUUUCUACAGCUCAAUAAUAUCAAAGAGGCUCAACAUUAUCACGAAGAAGCAUUAAAGUCGUAUCGACAUGUCCUUCCACCGGAUCAUAUAAAUAUUAGCAUCAGUGAAAAAAAUCUUAAGUGUACCAGAUAUGAUCUCAUAAUAGAUAGCUACUUACAAGUUUGUUCACAAGUUUGA